AUGUCAUUAGAAAAUUAUCUGAGCGGCCUGAUGAAUUACAGGGGGAGCUCUCUUACGACAGAGGAAUAUGAGCAAAUAGCAAAAAUACUAAAACAAGCAAUUGCGAGAAAUCUUGCGGAAACAAAAACGGUCAAAGUGGAGGAGGUCGCGGCAGAAAAGGGUGCAAUUAGUGCUGAAGAGGAGAUUAGAAACAUGGAGAUGGCAGAAUGUUUGCGAAGGGAGGGAACGGAGCUCUUCAAAAAGGGCGAUUAUGAGGGAGCGCUGGGCAAGUACACAGAGGCUAUAGAGAAGGAUCCGCAGGAUAAGGUCCUGUACAGUAAUAGGUCUGCAUGCUAUGCCAAACUGAACAGAAGCGAAGAAGGAAUAGCGGAUGCGGAGAAAGCCGUAGAGCUCGAUCCUACCUAUGCUAAGGCAUAUUCGCGUCUCGGCUCUUUUUACUACUACAUCGAUUCAGCAAAAAGUGUUCAUUAUUACGAAAAAGCGCUUGAAUUUGACAGUUCAAACAAGGAAUACCAAAAAAUGGUAUCUGAUUUGCAGAAAAGAGUGCACAGCAAUAGGGGCCCAAACAUGGAGGGUAAAGAUGGAAACACGGACCUUGAGAGCCUUUUCAAGAAUCAGAAGCUGAUGGACUACGCGAAGGAGCUCUUGAAGAAUAAAUCUCCUGAAGAGAUCAAUAAAAUGAAAGAAAUGUUCGGCAACAUGAUGAAUGAUAAAAAAGAUGGUCUACAGUAAUAAAAAACUAGUUCAAUA